CAGCACGAUUGGAAUUGUUUUCCAUCUACACCGCUUUGCCAUUCAAGGCCAUGUGAAAAACUUUUCAUUAUUUGUCAACAGUAAACUUAAUACAGUGACCAUGGCAGGCCCUUUAAUUAAAAAGGGUUUGAAUUAUGUCACUAGUAAAGACUUUCGCACGUAUCUUUGCAGGUAUCACUUUUGGGGUCCAGUUGCUAACUGGGGGCUUCCAUUGGCUGCCUUAGGGGACUUAAAAAAAGAUCCUGAAAUCAUCAGUGGUAAAAUGACUUUAGCCCUGACAAUUUACUCCUGUAUGUUUAUGAGAUUUGCAUGGAAAGUACAACCUAGAAACCUGCUACUCUUUGCCUGUCAUUUUACUAAUGUUACAGCUCAGACUUCUCAAGGUGGACGCUUUAUAAACUAUCAGUGA